AUGGUGGUACUGGAUCUUUUUGCGGCGUGCGCCCGAGGCAGCCCGCACUUCCGGCAGUACGUGAAGGGGCUCCGGCGGAAGCGGGAGCUAUUCCGCCGCCUUCUCGGGCUGCUGGGUCCGAUGUGUGACGGCAAGAUUGUGGUUCGGGCGCUGUGCGCCCUCACCAGGGUGUUGGCGGGCGAUCCUCUCGAGGGAAAGGUCUUCGAUCGCGGCAACGCCCUCGAGACAGCUUCCCUCGUCAUCGACAACCUCUUGGACCUCUCCGUUUGUUCUGAGCGCGUCGUCUGCGUCGACAACCUGACACCCAGGCACGGCGGCGCCGGCGCCGGCGGCAGCGGUAGGCUCGGCGAGCAGCGGCGGUUCGCCGACGUGGCGUCAGACCUCGCCCGAAGCCAGUGCCUGCUGGUAGGGGGCGGCGCGCUCGGGGCCGUCAGCGGGCCGUCCACCGGGGCGGCGGCGGGGGUGGGAGUCAUCCCCGCGGGCUUCCUUCUCGGCCCGACCGGCGUCGGGGUGUCGUGGGCGGCGGCGGCGGCCUCGGCGGGGAUUGGCAGGGAGGACCCUCUGCAAGCGGCUCUGCUGGAGCGGAUAGGCGCGGUGGCGCUCGGGGGCGGCAGGCAUAGCAAGCGGACGCCCGCCGCCGGGAGGGGUGGCGGUGCCGGUGUGAGGCGCGCCGACGGCAGUCGUAGUAGUGAUGAGUCCGAUGGUUCCGAGUAUGCCGGUAUUGACGACGGCGACGGGGACGAGCGUUCGUUUGGCUGCGGGUCCGGCUUGGAGCACCCCGCCGGCCUCGCCGAUGCCGCUUCUUUUUUCGAAGGGCCGGGGGGGGGCUUGAGCCUCCUCGUGCUGCGGCUUCGGCAGAUUGGCGGCGACCUGGCGUCGGCGCAGGCGAAGCAGAAGCUGGGGCUUUCGUCGCCGUCGCUGGUAGCGGCGAGACCGGCGUGGCCUGUGUCCGCCGCGACGGGAGCCGGGGCGCUGAAGGCCCGCGCGGUGGAGAUGGAGCUGGAGCUAACGUCGGUCUUGUGCCUGCUGUCGUCGUUGGCGCUCGCGGUGCCGGCGGCCGGGCGCGCUCUGGCCCGCGCGCUUCCCCUCGAGGCCGCCUUCGGCCCCGUCCUCGCGGCGCAACGGUGCGUGCUCUGUGGGACCGAUCCGGCGGACUUCUCCCGGGCACCCGUCGAGAUCGUGCUCGUGUCGCUGACCCUGAUAGCGCAGCUCGGAGUGGAGCUGAGCGGCACCGGCGGUGGAAGUGGGGACGCUCAAAGUAGCGGUGACGACAUCACGGCGAGCGAAGCCGAGGAAGAGGAAGGGCAUAGGAGGAGGGCUAGGCGGCGGUGGCGGCGGCGGCAGCAGCGGCAAGGACGCCAGGACGCGGCAAGGGCGGCGAGGCUGAGGAGGUUCUUGGGCGAGCAGGCGGCCGCGGGCGAGGUGAAGCUGUGCCUCGGGCACGCGGCGUGUCGGGCGGAGAGCAAGGACCUCGCGAGGCGAGCGGCGGCUCUCAUCUCCUUGCUACAGGCCGGCGGCGGCGCAGACGCUCUGCUCGUGGCCGAUUCACUCUAUGCCUUCGCCCAGGCGGCGGAGGCGCGAGAGGGGGAAUUGCGUUCGCGGGCGGCGGCGGCUGAAGCCGCGGCGUGCCGGGAGCGCGCGGCGGGCGCGCGGCGGGCGGCGGCUCUCGAUGAGGCCGAGGGGCUCGUGGCUCAGAUCGAAUCGAGAAACGCAGAGGACAUCCGGAGAUUAUCGGAGCAAGAGAACGGCGCCCGUCGGAGACUGGAGGAUUCUCACGCCAGGGCCGUGAGGCGAGGAGAGGUGUCUCUGAGACGCGCCGAGGAGAACGUGGCCGACCUCGAGAGGGUGUUGUCUUCGAAAGAGGAGGCAUUGGGAUGUGCGGGUAGAGAAGCCCGCGCCAAGGACCUGGAGAUCGCGGCCUUGAGAGGAGAUCUGGCGGGGGAGCAACGCCUUAGAGCAGCGGUUACGGUCAAGCUCGAGGCUGCUUCUGCCGAGCGGGACGAGCUAUCUCGCGGCAAGGCCGAGGCGGAAGCUUUCCUCGAAGCUUUGAAGGAAGAGCUGUCCAAGGUCCGCGAGGAGGGGCUGGUGUCCUCGAAGGGGUGGGAGGACGAGAGGGCCAAUGCCGCCAGGGGGUGGGCGGCCGCGAGGGAGGCGGAGGAGGGGCUGGAGCUAUCCAACGGGAGGGUGGAAGAGGUGUACGGGAAGCUGAUACUGCUAGCCAGAGGCUAUAAGGGCCUCGAGGAGGACUCCCGCUGCCAGGCCGUAGAAGGGGAGCGCCUGUUGGUGGAAUCGGAAUCCAAGACCAAGCUUCUCCAGGAACAGGCGAGGGAAGAGGAGAGGCGACAUCGCUUGACCAAGGCCGCCGCCAAGGACGGGGAGGCGUCGCUUCGAAGGGCCGAGCAAAGGCUCGCGAAAGUGUCGGAGGAGGCCGCGGAGGCUCAGGCCGCCGCUGGAGCCGCCAAAGCCGCGGUGCGGGAGUUGGUGGAGAAGGCGGCGUCGGCAGACAGGGAAGCAGGGAUACGAAGGGAGGAGGUGGCCGGCUUCAAGGCGGAGUUGGAGCGAUUGAGGGCCGCCUGUGCCGAGAAGGACGUGGAGUUGGCGAACAAGUCCAAGGAGCUGGGCCAGCAGGCAGGGAUAAUCGACUACAUCAACAAGCUCAGCAGCAACGCGGCUGCCGAGGCUGCUGCCGCUGGAGGCAGCAAGGCUGUAAUUGCCAAUCUCGUGCCGGCUCAAGCGGUUACCCUGCACGGCAGCAGCGGUGGUAACGGGGAUGCAGGCACGCCGGUUCCGGCUUCUGCGGGACAACCGCAUGUUGUCUAG